AUGAACCCUUUUAUUGAUCUCGAGGAGUACAAAUACAAAUCCCCAGACACUUACACACUUAUAUACUGUGUCCCAGGUCUCAGACUACCAAAUGAGCACAUCCCAAACUCAAUUUUGUACAAUAUAGAAGAAGAUGGGGAGUUAUUCAUAAAGCAAGCGAGAUCAGUAGAAAUAGAUGACGACAAAACACUAAUUUGUUAUGAUACAGGCGACCAUCAGUACUCUUGCAAAGCUUAUUGGGGGUUUCGAGCAGCUGGCUUUGAAGAUGUCAGGGUGUUAUUAGGUGGGAUUAACGCAUGAAAAGAAAAUAAUUUAGAGAUGGCUCAAGGCUGCCCAUCUUUUAUUGCAAAAUCUAUAUAUCCUUAUUUACCUUUUAACAGCUCUGUGGUUCUUACAAAGUUUGAUUUUUCUAGAAAAGAAAGCUGGUAUCAACAAAUUUUGUGUUUAGAAGAAACCCCUUUUGAAAUAAUUGGGGGAAAUGGCCAAUUGCUCAGUCAAAAUCAGAUUUCAAAAUUGAUGAUUGAUAAAGGGAUUUUACUUGUUUUGCAUAAGUCUACAAUCGUUCAUGGAAAAUUUGGAAGCUUAUUAGGGCUGCUGCUGGUUUAUUUAGGCGGAAAAACAGUUUCAGUUGUAAUGGAUGAUAUUAGAAGUAUACCGAUAAACCCAGCUAAAAAAACAAGAUCAGUUAAGUCAGGUGACACAAAUUCAUCAUUUAAACAGCCUCAAAAAUCAUUUGUAAGUGAAAAAAAUACGCAUUACUCUACAAACCUUCCAAAUUCCCAAAAACAAAUUGAGCCAGGGAGAUCUGCAAAUAUUUGUGCAAGUUGUUUAAUAAUGUAA